CUCAGCUUACUUCAUCAUCAUAUCCGAUUUCUGAAAAAACUAAAAAUUCCCCGCCGGAAACCUAGAAAAAAUUUCCGGCAACGCCAAAUUCCGGUAACAUUGAAUCCUCUAAUCCUUCGCUGUUGAAAUCUAGAUUUGGAUUCCAGGAUGCCCAUUUUCAAAACCCCAUUUAACGGUUACUCAGUCAAAUUCUCCCCUUUCUACGAGUCCCGACUCGCCGUCGGCACCGCGCAGAAUUUUGGCAUAUUGGGCAAUGGCCGCCUCCACGUCCUCGACCUUUCCCCUACCUCACCCGCCAUCACCGAGCUAAUUGCCUUUGACACUGCUGACGGCGUCUACGACGUUGCCUGGUCUGAAUCCCACGACUCGGUCCUCGUCGCUGCCAUCGCUGACGGUUCCGUCAAGCUCUACGAUACCUCCCUUCCUCCGCAGUCAAACCCCCUCCGUUCCCUCCAGGAGCAUGCGCGCGAGGUCCACGGACUCGAUUACAAUCCAACCCGACGCGAUUCCUUCCUCUCUGCUUCGUGGGAUGACUCGGUUAAACUGUGGACACUCGACCGCCCGACCUCUAUCCGUACCUUCCGGGAGCACGCCUACUGUGUCUACUCCGUCGCUUGGAAUCCCAAGCACGCCGACGUUUUUGCUUCCGCAUCCGGAGAUUGCAGUGUCAGGAUAUGGGAUGUUAGAGAACCCGGGUCGACAAUGAUUAUUCCGGGCCAUCAGCAUGAAAUCCUGGCUUGUGACUGGAACAAAUAUGAUGAUUGUUUGAUUGCUACUGCAAGUGUUGAUAAGAGUAUCAAAGUGUGGGAUGUGAGGAACUACAGAGUUCCAGUGACUGUGCUAAACGGGCAUGGCUAUGCUGUGAGGAAAAUAAAGUUCUCGCCCCAUAGGAGGAAUUUGAUUGUGUCUUGCUCCUAUGAUAUGACUGUGUGUUUGUGGGAUUUUAUGAUUGAGGAUGCACUUGUUGGGAGAUAUGAUCACCACACAGAGUUUGCAGUUGGAGUGGAUAUGAGUGUGCUUGUUGAAGGGCUUAUGGCGAGUACCGGGUGGGAUGAGCAUGUUUAUGUUUGGCAGCAGGGAAUGGACCCGAGAGCAGCAUAAAGAGGAAAGCUUUUUAAACCGUUUUAAUUGACAUUGUUGUACUUAGUUAUCAUAAUUUGGAAUCAGCACUGGCAUGUUUGAUUAGUUGUGGGGGGAUUGAAAAUGGGCAUGGUGUUACUCUUGUUAUUGAUUGUGAUUUUAAUUGUGGUGUAACUAUCACAUUCAGGACUACGUGUAUGAUCCCCUGUAUGUCAGUUUUAAUAAGAGAAAGAGGUUUUAUAUUGUUUUAUAUUCAUCUUGCAUAAGCAUGUUGAAAAGCUUUGUAAGGGAUUAUCUUCCCCUGAUAUUUGUGCUUGAGAGUUUAUAGUGCACACAAGUGCCUGUCUUGUCAUUUGGUUUAUGGAUUCGGAUUUUGGGUUUUGGGUGGAGGGGGUGGUUGUUGUUGGAAUAUCUAUUGCAUCCCUUCAGUCAAUUGCUUAUUGUAGGAUUGCCAAAAGAAUACUUCAGAUUGUCGUUACUCGUCUUGUUCUUGGAAUUUCCUUUCGUAGUAUGAUUGGAAUAUCCAACAUACUAGGUUUUUUGCUGUGUAGGAACUCGUACGUUGUGUAGUUUGAAGUUGUGAGAAAGACAACUUUGGUGUUCAAUUCAUCAAAUUAAAUCACCUUGCCUAGG